CAAAUGAGCUGAAAACUUUCGCUUUCGCUCCCUACGAGCGCACUUAAUUUUAGUAAGGACUUCUGCAUUUAAGUUUGCGACGAGGACUGUUUGGCUAUAACUUUUAUACACUUCAUUAUAUUAUUAGGCAGCUUUAUUGUGCUUAAAGUCAUUUUCGAAGCUAGAGCCGUGUCCGAAUAAAAUAUUGAUGUUUUUUUCCGUUUGCAACGCGGGGACAGGAUUAAAGUGUUUGAGCCACUUUGCACAUGUAGAGUGCGUUUGUUCCGGUUGAGAGACAUAGUCUGUGUUGAAGAUGGAAGAAGGAGCGAAGAUGCACAUGAAAGAGUGGCUGAUAGCCCAGAUAGAGAGUGGGAUAUAUGAAGGACUAUGCUGGGAAGAUGAGGACAAAACGAUGUUCAGGAUCCCGUGGAAGCACGCUGCUAAGAAGGACUACAAACAGACGGCAGAUGCAGCUCUCUUCAAGGCCUGGGCUGUGUACAAGGGCAAGUACAGGGAGGGGAGGGACAAAGCGGACCCCACCAUGUGGAAGACCCGCCUCCGCUGUGCACUCAACAAGAGCACAGACUUCCAAGAGGUCCCUGAACGCAACCAGCUGGACAUCACUGAACCCUAUAAAGUCUACUCUAUCCAACACAACAAUGUGCCAGCCAGGCCAGCAGAGUCUCCUGAGACAAAGGAUCAAGUGAUCAUCCAGGCUAAGAGGUCUCCAAAAAGCCUUGGUUUUAUGGACAAACAGUUUCAUUAUCAAAAGGAAUCAUGUCAAGCAAGUAAAGAAGAAGAUGAAAAGAAACCAUUGACUGAGGGUCUGCUGAGGGAGCACAUGUAUUGUGAGCUCACAGGAAAGAAACCUCACAGUCACAGCCCUGCUCCUAUUACCUUCUUCAGCCCUGCACUUACUAUAUCAGACCUUCGUAUGCAGGUGAUGUUAUUGUACCACGGCCAGAGGGUGAUGAAAGUGACCACCAAGAGCCCAGAUGGGUGCUUCAUCCUGCAGGGCUGUGUCCCCUUGGGAAAUGAACGGAUCUACGGCCCCUGCACUGCCCAGCAGCUCUCCUUCCCUUCCCCAGGCUCCGUAUCCCUGCCGUCAUGCAUGGCCGAAGCAAUGAACCGACUUCUUUGUCACCUAGAGAGGGGUGUGCUAUUAUGGGUGGCCCCAGAUGGGGUGUUCAUCAAGCGUUUCUGUCAGGGCAGGGUGUACUGGAGUGGGCCCAUGGCCCCACACACUGACCGACCCAACAAACUGGAGCGAGAAAAGACCUUCAAACUGCUUGAUAUACCCACAUUUCUCAGUGACCUCCAGAGCUGUUUACAGGGGAAGGGAUCUACACCUUCUUAUGAGAUUGAGCUUUGCUUUGGAGAAGAAUAUCCAGACCCCAACAUACCUAAAACCAAGAAGCUGAUCAUGGCUCAGGUGGUGCCCUUAUUUGCAGUGGAACUGCUGCAGAGAUUCAACUUGGGUGAGAUUGAGGAUAUGCGUCCAGGUCUCAACUCCAACACAGAGGGUGAGAAGAUGUAGGAAGAUGGGGAAAGGUUCCCUGCACCAGGGUAGCCAUGAACAAUAUACAAGCGGAUUACAGAAACUUUAUUCCUUUCCUGUCAUCAUCAUGAAAGACAUCCUAAGAGCAGAGCAAAGAAUACAGAAUAUCAUCAGUGGAGAUGUAAAUAUGAUCGAGAAACAAUGAAGGUGGUGCAUUGUAGACCUAUUAGCAAUGCAUAAAGGGAAAGUAAUGUCCUUUAUUCUUUUUACCUUAUAUUGAUUUUUUUCACAUCCACCAUGCAGCUAAAUUGGCAGGAGUUAUUAGCUACUGUUAAAACAAACUUUUUUUUUUAAACUAUGUUAACCCCAUAUUCAGCAUAUGUAUUAAAUGAUAAUUUAAACAUAUAGUACUUUACAACACAUGCAGAGAAUAAAUUGACACAUUUCAUAAAUCUA